AUGAAUGUAAGGGGGCGUAGUGAAAAGGAAUUAGUCAUAAAAUAUGUUCAGUGCCUUCAAAAACAUCUAAAUGAUAGUAAUAGCGAUGAAGACAAGUUACUGUUGUGUCUAAAUUGCCUUGAAGAGAUCAAAGGAAAGGAAUUGGCGGUGGCCAUAGACGCCCAGUGCAGUAAGGUGCUUGAGUCGAUAUCCGAGAUUUUAGCCCGUGUCGCUGUAUCUGGAUCUACCGAUGAAAAAAGGACAAACGCUCUUAAAGGCUUUAAUAGCCUAUAUUCCACAAUGGGAUGGGCUGUAUUAAGCUUGGCCGGAGAUUCCUUCGGGUCCCACAUAUUGGAAUCCCUCAUUAGCUUGUCAAUAGACCUAAAGAAGACUCUUGAUAAUAAGUUUGAAAAUACUAUAAUUGAAGGGAUGUUCUCAAUGAUACAACAUGACGAUUCUUGGAUCAAAAUGGUACAGCAUUUUGCAGCUACUCAUGUCAUACGUAAACUUGUUACAUUCGCCAUUUUGUACAACAAAUCUCUACUAAAUGGUUUGAUAAAUGAUCUAGUGAAUGAGAUAUCUACUGAAAUAGAGUUCAAGAAAAGUCAUGAAUCUAUCCUAUCUAGCAGUAGCUCCGCCGCAACAAUUUGUUAUAUAAUUGACGCACUGAGCGCCGAUAAACCAUUGCAAUCUAGGCUAAUUGGAAGUAUAUUCAACUAUUAUAGGGAAAAUUUAGAUAAUACAAUCAACUAUUUAUAUGUAAAAAAAUCUUCCAACAGAAUACUUGAGACUUCAAUAGCAUAUUUGGAUACUGAGCAUUUGGAUAUUAUCUGUAAUAAAUGGUUUAUACCAUACAUAAAUACAAUUUCUACUCACGAUCUUGGUAACUUUCUCGCUCAAAAAAUAAUUCAAUCAUUCCAAAUUUCCCCCAGCACAUUUUACACAAUCCUACAAGCACUAAGCUUUCAUGAUAUUAUAAACGCUACAAGAGGUGCUGUAAUAUGGAAGACAUUCUCCACUGCAGCGAGGCUGAGUGUAGGUUGCAAGGAAUGUCUUGAUAAGCUUUUAACUGCACUUAAUAUUAAUUUGGGAGAAAGAGAUAAACACAAAAUAUGGCACUCUUUAUUCCAACUCAAACCAAUUGAACUUUUAGAUGAGACACAACUUAAUAUAUCGCAAACGGCUUGUAGCAUACUCAUAGCCACUAUAAGCUUUCCCAAGACUGAUAACAAAUUGUUAGCGUUACUGAAGAGAUUUAAAUCAUUUUUGAAAUCUCAUAAAAGGGAUGGUUUUAUCGAGAAGCUAUCAACCCAUUCCACAGCAUCACGUGUCUUACAGGCUAUUGUUGACCCCAGAAAUAAAUGCCCGCCCAAAGUAGUAAACUAUUUAAUCAAUGUUUUCAUAUCUAUUGGGUUGAUUGAGAAAAUUUACACCAAUCUAAAUGGUUCAUUUCUAAUUUGUUCAAUAUACCAAGCCUCCAAUUCGACGCUUAAGGGGCUAAUACUCAAACAGUUAUCGACACUUGAUAAGGUACACCCCAAAUUAUCUACUAUUGUGGGACUUGAUGACUUUAAGCACAAGCAUAAGCUUUGGGAAAAGGGAGUCAAGGAAUCUGAAAAGGCCAAGAAACUGUUUAAGGAUUUAUUGUAG